UAACCAGUUUCUACAAUUCAUCGGAACUCGACAUUGGGCCUCUUUGUCACCAGACGUGUGAUGCGUGUACAGAAGGGCUGGGACUCUUCAGCGAAGCGGUGAACACCAAUGACCGUGUACUGCUUGCCAUGCGGUCGAAGCCGCUCUCUAACCGUGCGUUACUGUCCAUUAUGCAGUACUACUCUACACUUGUUAAAUAUAAUACCUUCGACUGCAGGACAUUUUGCAAUGGCGCUAUGCACAGCCGGUCAUUUCAGUCGAAGUGCUAUAAGGGCUUCACCUGUAUCGAUCACACAUCUGGUUCAUGA